AUGAGUUUAUCUAUCUAUCUAUCUAUCUAUCUAUCUAUCUAUCUAUCUAUCUAUUUCUCUCUCUCUCUCUCUCUCUCUAUAUAUAUAUAUAUAUAUAUAUAUGUGUUUGACGCUGUCUUUCUUUUACUGAUUCUUUCUUUCCUUCGUCCAUUCUUCCGCUUUAUAUUCUUUCUUUCUUUCUUUCUUUCUUUCUUUCUUUUUGAUUUUCUUUCCUUCGUUUUUAUUCCAAAUUAUAUUUUUUUCCUUCAUUCUUUCUUUUCUUUCUUUUCUUCAAUCGAUUCUAAAAUUAUAUUUCUUUCUUUCUUUCUUUUUUUUUUCUUUUUUCCUUUCCAUUCUUCCACUUUAUAUUCUUUCUUCCUUCUUUUCUUUCUUUCUUUCCUUUCUUUCUUUCUUUCUUUCUUUUCUUUCGUCGAUUCUUCCACAAUUAUAUUCUUUUCUUUCUUUUUACUUUUUACUCUUUUUGUUCCUUCGUCCAUUCGCUCCUUUUUCUUUCUUUCUUUCUUUUUUUUUUUCUUUUCUUUCUUUUUUUGGCACUUUCUUUCCUUCGUCCAUUAUUCCAAAUGUUCCUUCCUUCCUUCCUUCCUUCCUUCUUUCCUUCCUUUCUUUCUUUUUCUUUUUUCUUUCGUUCGAUUCUUCCACGUUAUAUUCUUUCUUUCUUUCUUUCUUUUACUCUUUCUUUCCUUCGUCCAUUCUUCCACUUUAUAUUCUUUCUUCCUUCUUUUUUCUUUCUUUCUUUCUUUCUUUCUUUCUUUAGAAAUUCUUCCAUUAUAUUCUUUCUUUCUUUCUUUCUUUUUUCUUUUGUGGAAGUCCAUACUUCCACUUUUCUUUUUCCUUUUUCUCUUUCUUUUCUUUUCUUUCCUUCUCUUUUCCUUCUCUUUUUAUUUCUUUCUUUCUUUCUUUUCUUUUUUGACAAUUUCUUUUUCGUCCAUUUUCCACUUUUGUUAUUUUCUUUUCUUCCUUCUUUCUUUCCUUCCUUCGAUUCUUCCAAUUUUUAAAUUCUUUCUUUUUUCCUUUACUUUUCUUUUUCGUCCAUUCUUCCACUUUUUUUCUUUCUUUCUUUCUUUCGUUCUUUCUUUUUUUUUUUGGUUAUUUUCAUUCCUUUCCAUUAUUCCACUUUUCUGUUCUUCCUUCUUUCCUUCCUUCCUUCCUUCCUUCCUUCUUCCUUUUCCUUUCUUCGAUUUUCCAUUUUUAUUUUUUCUUUCUUUUCUUUCUUUUCUUUCGAUUCUUUUUUCUUUCGUCGAGUUUCCACUUUUAUAUUCUUUUUUCUUUGUCUUUCUUUUUUUUCUUUUUUUUUCAUUUCUUUCCUUCGUCCAUUAUUCCACUUUGAUUUUCCUUCCUUCCUUCCUUCCUUCCUUCCUUCUUCCUUCCUUUCUUCUUUCACUUUUCUUUCUUUUUUUUCUUUUCUUUUCUUUCUUUCUUUCUUUCUUUUCUUUCUUUCGUCGAGUCUUCCACUUUAUAUUCUUUCUUUCUUUCUUUCUUCUUUCUUUUUUGACACUUUCUUUCCUUCGUCCAUUAUUCCACUUUAUGUUCUUCCUUCCUUCCUUCCUUCCUUCCUUCCUUCCUUCCUUCCUUCCUUUCUUCGAUUCUUCCACUUUAUAUUCUUUCUUUCUUUCUUUCUUUCUUUCUUUCUCUCUUUCUUUCCCAUUUUUUAUGUUCGCUCCUUUUUGUCACUACUCCUUUCAUUCUUAUCACUUAUCUACCUGGAAGAGUCCAUCCCAAUCUUGA